UUGACACACGACAGCAGAAAAUUGUCACCUCUGUCAAGCACAUUCUCUUCAAGCCCAGGUGUCUAAAACCUGUGAUUGUUUUACACCUUUCGAUAUUUUAAUAGUACCUAUUCACUCCUUCACCUAUUCGUUGGUGUGCCCACGCCAGAUUCCCCCACUACGAAGCUCUCCCUCCACGACUGAACCUACCCAAGAGGUCACGAUAUGCCGCAGGUCCUAAGUACGAAAGAGCAGUCGCUCUUUCGAACAGUUGUUCGUAAUUAUGAGGAUAAACAGUACAAAAAAGGUGUCAAAGCAGCCGAUCAGAUCUUGCGGAAAAAUCCUAAGCAUGGAGAUACAUUGGCAAUGAAAGCUCUCAUCAUGAACUCCCAAGGCAAGACAGAUGAAGCUUUUGCUCUGGCAAAAGUUGCUCUCCAAUGCGAUAUGAAGUCGCAUGUGUGCUGGCACGUAUACGGAUUGCUUUACCGGGCUGUAAAGAACUUCGAAGAAGCUAUAAAGGCAUACAAAUUUGCUCUGCGGUUGGAACCAGACUCUGCGCAAAUCCAGAGGGAUCUUGCUCUCCUCCAGAUUCAGAUGCGAGAUUACCAAGGAUACAUAGUCAGUCGGAGAGCGAUGUUGACAGGGCGAUCUGGCAUGCGACAGAGUUGGACUGCUCUUGCGGUGGCACAUCACCUUAAUGGUGACCUGGCUGAGGCAGAACGGGUUCUUACUGCUUAUGAGGACACUUUGAAGAACACCCCUUCCAAGACAGAUUUUGAGAACUCGGAAGCGGUGAUGUACAAGAAUUCAUUGAUCGCCGAGCAAGGGGAUAUCGAAAGAGCUUUGGAGCACUUAGAAUCUGCUGGCAAACAUAAUCUCGACAGACUUGCGGUGUUGGAGCUUCGAGCAACGUAUCUUACACAAUUGGGCCGGAAAGAAGAAGCCGCCAAAGCAUACAGCACACUCCUCGAUCGGAACUCCGAGUACAAGAAGUAUUACGACGGGCUUAUCGAAGCAAUGGAGGUUCACUUGGACGAUCUGAAAGCUCGAAAGGCUGUUUACGAUGGAUACGCAGAGAAAUAUCCCCGGUGCGACGCUGCCCGUCGAUUGCCAUUAGACUUCCUGCAUGGUGAUGAAUUCCGAGAUGCUGCUGACAAGUACAUUCAUCGAAUGCUUGACAAGGGCGUGCCAUCUACCUUUGCAAAUCUCAAGCAUCUCUACUCAGACUCUUUCAAAAAGGAGACGUUGCCCUCUUUAGUCCAACAGUACAUUGAUUCCGACAAGAGCUCGGCAAACGAGGAGCCCAAGAGAAACGGCGACACAUCCAAGGGCGCAUCAGCAGCUUUCUACUUUCUUGCCCAGCAUUAUAAUUACUACCUGAGCCGGGAUCUGGACAAAGCAAUGGAGUACAUCGAGAAGGCGAUAGAGCUGGAACCAGAAAGUGUUGAUUUUCACAUGACCAAGGCCCGGAUAUGGAAGCACAACGGCAAUACUCAGAAGGCUUCUGAGAUCAUGGAACAAGCACGAUCUCUGGACACAAGAGAUCGACAUAUCAAUACCAAAGCCGCCAAAUACCAGCUCCGAAAUGACGAAAGCGAAGCUGCCAUUAAGACAAUGGGCUUGUUCACUAGAGCAGAAACGGUGGGCGGACCCCUUGCUGAUCUGCAUGACAUGCAAUGCGUCUGGUUUCUCACAGAAGACGGAGAAUCGUAUGUGCGCCAAGGAAAGAUAGGUCUCGCGUUGAAAAGAUUUACUUCAAUCUAUAACAUUUUCGAUGUUUGGCAAGAGGAUCAAUUUGAUUUUCACAGCUUUUCUUUGCGGAAAGGUCAGAUCCGAGCCUAUAUAGAGAUGAUGCGAUGGGAAGAUCACCUGCGUGAGCAUCCAUUCUACAGUCGAGCAGCUCUCUCGGCGAUUAGCGUAUAUAUCAGGAUGCACGAUGUACCUUUACUGAAUGGCGCCAAUGGGGUGGGGCAUAGCGACGCCGAUGAUGCUGCUGAGAGGAAGAAGGCUGCAAAGAAGGCGCGGAAGGAGGCCCAAAAAGCGGAGCGGGAAGCUGCUGCAAAGAAGGCUGAGCCCAACAAGCCCACCAGCCAAGGGAGUGAGGAUACAAAGAAGAAAGACGACGAUCCAGACGGGGCCAAGCUCGCUGCAACCACUGAGCCCAUGAAUGAUGCCAUGAAAUUUCUCACGCCUCUUUUGCAGUUUAGUCCGAAGAAUAUCGAUGCACAAAUUGCAGGGUUCGAGGUGUACAUUCGAAGAAGAAAGUACCUCCUCGCUUUAAAGUGUCUCCUAGCUGCUGCGGCGCUGGACAAGGAGCACUCCAAAGUUCAUGAGCAGACUGUUCGGUUCAAGCUAGCCCUUGACAAGGACUCGGAAACUCUCCCACCUAAGUCUCUUGAAGUUAUCAAGUCAGAGUUCACGCUACUGGCCGCAUCGGUGGAUCUUACAAAAUUCAACGACGAAUAUCUAGCCAAGUAUAAGGACUGCGCAAGACGAGCACUGUCCGCACUCAAGAUCCGGAAGUUGCUGAACCCGGAGUCGUCCUCAAAAUGCGAAAAAGACGUGGCAGCUGUUAUCAGCUUGCCUACGACCACGGUGGAGGAGGCAACCGAGGCUUUGGAUCUCUUGACUUCGUGGAAGAGCAGCGAGAUUGAAGGAUUGCGAAGCAAGGCAGCUGCAAAAUGGCCCAAAGCCACAAUAUUCGCUGCGAAGGCAUAGACACAGUCCACUUGAGUUGAAUUAUCUGGAAAGGCCAUUUCGUUAACGACUCUACUUUUCAUAUCAAAACUAUGAGCUUGGAGAAUGUGUCAGCAUAGAAAUGAGGGCUUGGUGGAUAAUUAGCGCAGGAGCUUGUCCAUCUUCUCAGACAUUAGCAUCCGCUGUCUUUAUGGUGGCGCUGAGCGUUUGUUAUGCAUGAGAUCACGAAAGGAAAGA